AUGGGGCGAAAACAUAUUUUGGUUCGGAAUGGGACGGGUCAGAAUUUACUGAUACAGAAGGAUGAACCGCUAGGAGUGGUAUCCAAAGCUGAAGCUAAACUGGCAUCGCAACAUGAAUUGUUUGCAGCCAGGAGAAUCGAGGAACUGAAUAAGGUGUGCGAAAUCUCCGAGAAGGAGAUGUCGCUGGGAAAAAAGGUAAUCAACGACAAUGAGGUGACGGUAACACCGAUAUUUAACGAAAUGAUGGAAGCCGUUCCGGCCUCGGCGGAAACUGAGAAGAAGGCCGAUGUUCGGCGGCAAACAAUUGGAGGAAACAUACCGGCAAGAAAAAGCCGGAAAAAGCCGGCGAAAUAA